GGGCAGAGCUGUCUGAUUGUUAUUUAAUGCUGGGGAGGAAACCAGACGCAGUUCUAAUUAAAAAAAGAAAAAUAGGCAGGAGAAAGCGGAAAGGAUAGAGGAGGUAAAACCCCGAAUUACCGAGGUGGUUACCGGCCGGGAAAACAAUUGCAAGUGGGGCGGUCGUUGGACUCCGGCCCCCUCCCCAACCUGAGGCCCUCGGGUUAAUCGGAUUAGAAUCUAGAUGUCCUUUGAUCUCCGCCGUCCUGCCCGGCAAUAAAGAAGGACAAGGAUUUAAAUGUCUGUCUUCUGUCAGCCAUGAGCCUGUCCCCAAGAUGAACAGGAAUAAAAGACCUCCCGAGCCCAAGGGUCGGGGAGCGGCGAAGGCCCGACAGUUUGGAUUGCUGGUAGACCUCUCACCAGACAGUAUGAUGAUGGAUAUGAAUGGUGAUGAGAAUGAUGCUGAUUUGGAAGCUGAACUGGCAGCGAUUACUGGAGAAAAGCCAACUAACAGAGGAAAACCAAAAGGAAAAGCCCCACUCCCAAUGGAAGUUAUUGAGAGAAUGGCUGCUCUGUGCAUGAAGGACCUUGAUGAAGAAGCCGUUGAUGACGAUAUGGAUGAUGAUGAUGCAGACUUGAUGGCUGAAUUGAAUGAAGUGCUGGAGGACGAUAGACAGAACGCGAAUGUACCACCCCCUGUAGAAAGUAAACCUGCUGCUGACUAUAUUCCACAGUCCAAUACAGCACCUGUAAUCACGGAUGGACUGGAAGGCACUCUGGCAGAGAGGAUUGACAUGUACAGAUCUGUGAUCGAGACUGCCAAACAGUCUGGCGAGAGCUCCAAAAUUCGGCGAUAUGAACGUGGCCUUAAGACUUUACAAUCCAUGCUUACAUCUGUGAAGAAGGGAAGGCAGAUUAAUGAAGAGGACAUCCCACCCCCUGUGGCUUCCGGAAAGAGCAGUAAUACCACAAAAGCCCCAGCCACCUCCGGGACCUCAACAUCUUUAACUGAAAGCAAUUCUGUCUUACCUGACCUGACUGUGCCCAGAGAGGAUCCAUUGCCAGCAGCACAGCCUGCACCACCUCCCUUAUUACCCAAACCAAAGAUGUCUGUACCCACGGUUGCACCACCUCCACCAGUCAAAAGACCAAACACACUGGUGGAAGUGCCACUGCCUGCCAAAAUGGAGGCACCUACCCCAGUGGCCAAUAACAAAGCAGUAUCAAUCAAUUCAAGCAUGAAGGGCACCGUAAUGAGCAGACAGAGAGAAUACAAACUGGCAGCGCUGCAAGCUAAACGCAGUGGGGACACUGAGCUUGCAACAAAAUACUACCGAAUAAGUAAGAAAUUUGACCCUGUUCUUGAGGCACUGGAUAGAGGAGAGAGCGUGGACUUCAGUGGCCUGCCACCCCCUUUCGAUCCUUUACCAAAGGACCAACCAUCAAUCCCCCCAUCUCAUCCAACUGCUCCCUCAGUCCCAGCCAUCUCUUCUGCACAGCCACUGGCUUCAUCAGGUAUUCCACCUCCCCCUAAAGAUGUCAUGGAGGCCCUUCAACAGAGAAUGGACAAGUACAAGUCUGCUGCUGCACAGGCCAAGAAUGCAGGGAAUGAUCGGAAAGCAAGGAUGCAUGAGCGUAUAGUCAAACAAUACCAGGAUGCCAUUCGAGCGCAUAAAGCAGGAAGGAAUGUUAAUCUUGGUGAACUCCCUGUGCCACCAGGUUUCCCACCGCUUCAGGGAGCAGAGAGUGGCGCACAGGAUCAAAGCAUUGUGGGAGUGCUGGAGAGUGCAAUGAAGCUAGCCAAUCAGGAGGUGAAUGCAGGUGAAAAUGAGGAGGAUGAGCCAGCACAACAGGCACCUGCUCAGAGACCUGCGCUGCAAGCACGGCCCAGGACACAGGCAUCGGAGGCACCACCAGCUGUCCCUGCUAGCACUGGGAACCCAGCGCAAAAACAGCUGUCAAACAAAGCUCAACAGCAGUUGGAAUUCUUACAGAACAGGAAGAAACAAUUCAUGCAGGCAGCACUCCGUACAAAACAGAAGAAUGAUAUUGAGGGAGCAAAAUUGUAUCUUCGGCAGGCAAAAGGGUUGGACCCCAUGAUCGAGGCUGCCAAGGGCGGACUGCCUGUAGAUAUUACCAAGGUGCCUGCGCCCCCAGCAAAUGAGGAGGACUUUAUGUUGGUGCAGCACCGAGGAGUGCAUGUCCCCCAAAAAACUGCAGAGCAGUAUGGUCAGCUGAUGGAAGUGUUGAAACAACAGUAUGAGACAUGUAUGCAGUACUCUAAGCAAUACACACACCUCGGAAACGUGUCGGAGACCACCAAAUUUGAGAAAAUGGCAGACGAUUGCAAAAAGAACAUUGAGAUUCUGAAGCGGGCACAUGCCCAAGGCUACCCUCUACCCAAGUUCCACCACGAGGAGAGGACCUUCCAAGUGGUAAAAAUAUUUCCCAAUCUCACAAACAGCGACAUGAUCCUUUUCAUCGUCAAAGGAAUCAACCUACCGCCUCCUUCAGGUGUUGCACCAUAUGAUCUUGAUGCCUUUGUCAAGUUUGAAUUUGCCUUCCCAAACUCGGAAGAAGCACAGAAAGACAAAACCAAUGUGAUUAAAAACACAAACUGUCCAGAAUUUAAAGAGCAGUUCAAGCUGAACAUCAACCGCGGACAUCGAGCAUUCAAACGAGUAGUACAGACCAAAGGAAUUAAAUUUGAAAUACUCCAUAAAGGGGGUCUUUUCAAGAAUGACCGAGUUGUGGGAACAGCUCAGCUUAAGCUGGAGAAACUUGAGUCACAGUGUGAGAUUCGGGAAAUCCUGGAGGUUUUGGAUGGCAGGAAGACCACAGGGGGCCGGCUAGAGGUGAUUGUAAAGAUCAGAGAGCCACUGAGCUCCCAGCAACUCGAGAAAGUGACUGAGAAGUGGCUGGUCAUUGACCCACAGAGCUUGCCAGUGAUUGCAGUUCCAAAGUCGAAGGAACGACGAGAUCCUCCACAGGUGGUGGGUGGAAGCAAAUUGGCCUUUCCCCUGCACAGUUUUAACAUAUUGAAGUUUGACAGAGAACGAAUAGAAAGGAAGAUUCACACAUAUAAACAGGAGCAUAAAGUUCCUCCAAAAGAUCUCCUAGAUCAGCACCGGGAGGUCACACAACGGAUCCAGUGGCAGAAAUCACAGCUGGAACACAGGGACCCUGGAGUUCUGAAAGAAUACGUAACACAAUUGGAGAGAUAUAUACACUACUACACAGACGCAGCUAAGCGACUAGGUACCGAAGGGAAUCGAGAUUCGGCUAAAGAAGCAUUAUACAAGAGGAAGCUGGUGGAUGACGAGCUGCAAAGAUUCAGACGAUAAAGACGGCAGUGUUUGGAUUGGUGCCACCUCCUCCCUCUCAGUCUACAGUAAACAGUUGUAGUUUCUAACUUUCACCAUGUAUAUCCAAGAAAUACUCAUACUUUUGGGGCUGGUGGAUGGGAAAGAUCAAUUAACCCAUUGGCCCCUCGGGUACCUUCUGCAACCAAUCCACUCCAACCCCUGGAGCUCCUAAGGGGGCCUCUCUACCCCUCAACCCUGGGGUACAGAGCUGGACAGUGGAAAAACCCUCAGAAGACCAACAUCCAGAUGCUACAAGAUUCCCAUGCAGGAGGCACCGGACAAUCUAUUCAGAGGCUGGAAUGUAAGAGUGAAAUCAAUGACAUAUCUCUUUUACACUUUAGAGGGCAAACGUAACCCCAGUACUCUUCACACCACCACCUCCCCACCCCCUACCCGGUGGGGAGGUGUCUAACCUCCACCCAGUUGAAUAGCGUGAAAUAAUUUCUGGUCAUGAUAUGUUUAAUGCUGAAGCAAUUAUAGUGCAAAAAAUAAUUCUCUCACUCCCUGUCCCACAGGUCUCAAUAGCCACUAGCACUGUCUCUAAUUGCCCAAUGUAGGAGAUAGAAUUGGGCAUGAUUGAAUAAUUCAAACUCCAUUUUAUUUCCUUUGAUUUUGGGAAUGUUUUUUAAAAACCAGCUCUGGGAUUCUAAUUCCUGCUAUUCCAAUUGAGGUUUUUUUCCUUAAAUAUCAAAAGGGGUGCCCUUAAAUUUGUGUCUCAGCUACCGACGUGAUUUGAAUGGUCUCUCCUGGUUGCUGUUUUAUUGGAUAUAGUUACGUAUUGGAAGGGUGCACUGGCAAUGCUGACAUGUAUGCUGGAGGAAAGUCCAACUGAUCCUGGGAUAAGUGUUGGUUGGUUGGGAGUUAGUGAUCCAUCAGAGUUGGGCCACUGAUCCGGCGAACUUGGGGGUGCCAUGCAGAGGCACUUGAUGGUACUGCAGGCACAUAUAUUAAUAAUUAAUUAAUAUUUAAAGAAAAAUGUUUGGAAGGAGAAUGGUGGCAAAGACUGCAGCUUUAAAUGAACCCGCUUCCAGAUGGGUGAAGUAGCGGUGUUGGUUACAGACAGAAAUGCCUUUGAUGUGGUAUCACUGCCCCCUCCCUUUAUGAAACAUCUCCACAUGCCACUGCAGCUCCCAGUUAUGAUUCUAAGUAAAGAGCGACAGCUUUAAUGCAAGAGCAGAAAUCUUUCAUUGUUUUCCUUGGAACUGUACCCUCAUGAAAGCGGGGGGGAGGUGGUGGGGGGUGGUGGUGUUUGGGUUUGGGUUUCAUGGGGGAGAAUGAGCCCCUCUGCCUUAACACCAGUCACACCUGUGUAAUAAUGGGAAAGGUAUAACUGUAGUUUCCGUCUGUCUUUUGCUAGUUAUUUUUAAAUUGUCACUGACCUAUCAGCAAUGGCUUGUGACAUUGUCGAGUUACAAAAGUGUUUGAUUACAUUGUAACGUAAAUUUGAUGAUCUUGACAAAUCAAAAUUUUGGGCCAAUUAAUUGUAUUAUCAAGAGAAUGGAACUGGGAGUUUAGUCAAGGCUUUGCUCUCAGCCUGGGAGGUGGUGGAUACUUUACAGUUCUGAGCCAAAGGUUAUGGAUUUCUGGAAGUGACUAAUUUAGAGGUGUAUUCUUAGACACUAAGGUUCCCAUAACACACUGCACAGUUUCAAUAUCCCAGGAAAGAGCGUUCUGAUCUUCAAUCUGCUCCAGAAUAAAGCUGUUUUGAUUUCUCAAUUUCUUCCUUCUCCUUCUAAAGCCUGGGCCCCUGGGGCAGAAUUCCAUCAGCUGCCAGCCCUCUGUCCUCAGCCAGAUAGCUAUUAUUCACAUAAGUCCAGGGCUUUAGUGAUGACAGCAUUUUUUGACUAUGGGAGGGAUUCCAGAGGAGUCUAACUCCCCACCCGAAUUUCCAAAGUGGCAGAAGGAUCGGGCUGCAGGUGGCAGGCUACAUGGAGUUGACUGUGUAUGGUCACUUCCCCAUUAUUCAGGGAGGUGUCCUUCAGCCAGUGCUGGAUACACAAAUGCCAAAUGAGAUCCACAAAGAGACAUCGGUUUCAUUGAAACUUGAAAGGAGGAGAGAGGGACAAGAACUGAGACUGACGCUCAGCCCUAACACAGUCUGAUUGUAAUCAGAUGAAAGUUUAGCUGACCUUUUGUUAUUUUCCAACUCUUCAUUUCCUUCAUGGAUGGAGAAUCCAUCUCUCAAAACAGUGAGAGCUCUGGGGAAAAAUGUGAAAUUUCAGCCACAAAUAACCAACUCCCAAUUCUAGAACCCCUUGCAAAAUGAUCACAGCUCAGUUUAUUACAAAAUAUAUUUGAGGCCUUAAACGAUAGCACAUUAAAUAGCACCAGAGUAUAUUUAUUUAAGAAGCUUUAAUUUGGCAUUGCCGUGUGUACUAACAGAGAUUGCACUGUUUCUGGUAGUGGACAGUGCCUCAGUGUAAUACAUGCGUGCGCGCACACACACACACACACACACACACUCUCUGGAGAUGGUGGCAAACUGCAUCUACAUGGUUGGGCUUCUGGUUCACUGCAGGGUUGCAGGAAGCGAUUCAUGGUGUGUUCUCUGGAAGAAUCUUGAAUGCACUACUGGAUCUGUGCCCACCUGGCCCAGAUUCAUAAAACCAUAAGAAAAUGAAGCAGCUGUAGCCUACUUCACCAUUCAACAAGAUCAUGGUGAUCUGAUUGUGGUCUUAGCAGCACUUUCUUGCCUCCUAAAGAAGAGUCGUACAGAUUUAAAACGUUAACUCUAUUCCGCACCACAGAUGCUGCCAGACCUGCUGAGUUUUUCCAGCAUUUUUUGUUCUUAUUGUAGCAUUUCCUUGCCUGUCCCCAUACAUAGCCCUUUGACUCAUUUGUCAAUCUAAAAUCUGACUCAGCCUUGAAUAUAUUCAAUUACCCAGCCUCCACUGCUCUCCGCAGAGGAGAAUUCCAAAGACUGGCAACUCUGAGAGAAGAAAUUCCUCCUCAUCUCUGUCUUAAUUGGGAGACACCUUUAAACUAUGCCUCCUAGUCCUGGAUGUCCCCACGAGAGGAAACAUCCUCUAGGCAUCUACCCUGUCAAGUCCCCUCAGAAUCUUUUAACUUUCAAUAAGAACACCUCUCAUCCUUCUAAACUCUAACGAGUAUAGGCUCAACCUUUCCUCAUAAGACAAUCCCUUCAUCCCGGGAAUCAGCAGAGUGAAUGUUCUCUGAACUGCUUCCAAUGCAAGUUCCUUAAGUAAGGAGACCAAAACUACACAGUUCAGUACACUGCGUGCAGUCUCAUAAUGUCUGCUACGGUAGUAGCAAGACUUCCCUACUUUUAUACUCUAUUCCUAUUGCCAUGAAAGGCCAGCAUUCCAUUUGCCUUCCUAAUCACAUGAUGUACCUGCAUGUUAACUCUCAUAUACAAGGGCACCCAGAUCCCACUGUACUGCAGCAUUCUGAAGUGUGUCUCUAUUUAAUAUUUGAUGGGGAAACUCUGGGUGAGGUAGAUAGAGGGAGCUUUCGGUGGCUUUGAGGGAAUCUAACAAAUCUUUUGUGCUGCGGUCCCUGGAAGGAUGUCUGUUCUGAAUGAAGAGUAAACCUUUGUAUUUUCUGGCAUCUCCAUGGCCUCUUGUUCCUCUGGUACCAAGCUCAGAUCAGUUGGUUAGAGCCAAGCAUUGCCAGCCCUCUCGUGAGGCAACAAGAGGAAUGACUCCAGCAGUCAGUACCCCCUCACCCAAAAUGAACAACAUUUGCAGAUGUAUAUUGCUGUCAAACUGAGGAAGAAAGGGGGAAAAUUUGAACACUGCACGUCUGAAAUAAAAAAAUGCUGGAUAUAGGCAAUGAGUCUGUCAGCAUGGAAUCAUGUAGCAUCGAUGGAGGCUAUCAGUCUUUGUGCCUAUGCUAGCUCUUUGAAAGAGCUAUCGAUGCUCCCUACAUCCCUGGUGUUUCCUCAAAGCCUUUGUAUUUUUCUUUUUCAACUCAAUCAAUUCCCUUUUGAAAGUUAGCAUUGAAUCUGCUUUCACCAUCCUUUCAGGCAGUGCAUUCCAGAACAUAACAGCUCCCCAAGUUCCUUUUAAAAACAAUUUUCCUUAUCUCCCCACCUCCCCCCUGCCCCUGGCUUUUUUGCCAACUGUCUUAAAUCCCUGACCUCCGAUCACACAGCCUCCUACCAGUGGAAACUGUUGUUUCUUAUUGACUGUAUCAAAACCCUUCAUGAUUUUGAACAUUGUUAUUGAAUCUUCUCUUCUUCAAUGUUUUUAGGGUGAAUAACCCUAGCCUUCCUAUAUAACAUGAAUUCUCUCAUUGCUGGUACUGUUUUAGUAAAUUUCCUCUGCAUGCUCCUCAGGGUUUUGCCAACCUUCCUAAAGUGUGGUGGUCAGAAUUGGCACAGUGCUCCAGUUGAGGUCCAUCCAGUACUUUAUAAAGCAAGAGAGAUUGAAGGUUGAUGUUUUAGCUGUAGACUCUUCACUGAGCCGGCACUGCUGAAGGGUCGGCAUCUGAGCUGUUGCCACCCCUCCCCCCCACAUUUCUCUUUUGCCAGGCAUUGGUGGACCUGUCGUUAGGGUUGCCAACUGUGAUUACAUGUAUUCCUGGGAGGUUUCAUCACAUGACUUGCUCCCACUCUCCAGCCACCAGUCAGCCAACACAUUCAUCCUUGUGACACACUGCCCUCCUGCGCCAAUUGGAAAGUUAAAAAAAGACUCAUUACCCAAUUGGAUGAUGCUUGAGUGUCAGCCAAAUGGCGUUUUUUUUCCCCCCAUUUUCAAUAUUUUUAUAUCUAGUACUGAGAAAAUUUUAAAAAUUAUUUUUAAUGUCCCAAUGAUUUUCCUCCAGGGUCUCACAGAGCAGUGUCUUAGAGAUUGAUCUUCAAUUCCUGGAGACUCCAGGCCAAUCCUGGAGGUUUGGCAGCUCUGCCUGUCACGUAUUCCCACAUUGCCUGAUUCAGUUAAGAUAGCAGCUCCCCUGUGCAGUAGGGAUCGGAGUCUGGGUACAGCAAUGAAUGUAGCAGGUCACUAAGUGCCAGAAACAUGUCGUAAGCCUAACAUUGCAGGGAGGACCUCUGAUCAGAACUUUCCACCUGAAAAUAUUGACCCAGCCCCUCCCCCAAAUACUGACCCACCUGGUGUGUGUUUACAGCAUUUUUGAGUUUUCCAAUUUUCAUAUUUUCUGCAUUUUCCUGCAGUGAUGAGCAGGAGCUGAUGUCGUUCAAUAAACCAGCAGACAUAGAGAAUGUGACAUUCCUCAUAAUGUAUUAGACUUUGAAGUGGAUCAGAGGAGGCAAGGCCUAGUCAGCAGGACUGCAGAGCCUGAUAGGAUGAAGAGACUGGUGGGGGGUUUUUUUCAUUAUUCUUUUAUGGGAUGUGGGCAUUGUUGGCGAGACCAGUAUUUGGUGCCCAUCUAUAACUGCCCUUGGACUGAGAAGCUUGCUAGGCCAUUUCAGAGGGAAGUUGAGAGUCAACCACAUUGCUGUGGAUCUGGAGUCACAUGUAGGCCAGACCAGGUAAGGCCGGCAGAUUUCCUUCCCAGAGGAAGUUAGUGAACCAGACGGGUUUUUAUGACAAUCGGUGAUAGUUGUCAUGGUUCCCAUUACUGAGCCGAGAUUUUAGAUGUCAUGCUUUUUAAUAAUUGAGUUUAAAUUCCACCAGCUGCCAUGUGGUGGGAUUUGAAUUUGUACCCAGGCCUUUAGAUCACUAGUCCAGUGACAUUAGCACUAAGCCACCAUCUCCCUCGCAGCCUGACAUGCAGGGCACAGGAUUUGCUUCAGCAGAGAGCAGCCUGGCCAGCAAGAGAAGAGUUUGAUUCAGUAGGUUUGACAUAUUUAGGGAGGAAACUUAUUUGAGGUUAAACUUUGCAUUUCCGUAGUAGGGAGAAACACUGCACUAACUGUCCACUGAGCAGGCAGUGGGAUAUUGUUUACCAGGGUCAAAGAGUAGAUGACAAUCUGAUUUCAGAGAGUGAAAGGUCCGAAUGAAACUUUUCCAACUCUAAAGGUGCAUUUGGUCAGACGAUAACAAUGCAUUACCUUAAUUUUUUUAAAUUGCAGAACUAUUAUGGAUAACCCCUCGGUGCUGAUCAUAAUUGUUCAACUGAAGGGGGAGGGUGGAGGGGAGACGGUUGGGUGUGUUUAUAGGUGACCCCCUCAGGGUGUGGCAAUUCCUCAGCUUCUUUUUGAGAGUGGCUGAGGAUGAUUCCUGAUUCCUAAUUCCCCCUCCAUCCUAACUUGAAUCACAGCGAAGUGAAACCUGCCAAUACUAGAAUGGACCAGCCAUUCAAUUGAUGCAUCCCAGCCCGGGAUCUGCUGACCCCUUCCACGCUCUCUCUCCUCCUCCUCCUCCUCCCCCCCCCCCUACCCCCAAGUACGUAUGGUGUGACUGCACCCUGACAAUACACCAGUUGGUAUUAUAAGUACUGCCCUGACCUGCUGAGUGAUGGAUGCCUCCCCCACUCCCCUCGUGGGACAAGUCUAAGGUAUUGCUAAAGAAUUUGUGUUGUGUGAAGAGAAGCUGCCUUCCCAUUUCCUGAUUUAGAUGUCCAACAAUGGGCACUGCCAACACUGCUCUUGAAUCCGUCGGGAAGCAUGGGGUGACUUUCCUCAUCUGCUUUCCCUUUCAGGUGUAAUUUGAAAUCAAUAGCACUCUCUUGGCUAACCUGCCACCUUCAAUAGUUACUGUGGCUGGGAGGCCAGUGAGCGCAGCCUGCACAGAGAAAACACAUGCAGCUAAGCAAGGGCCAAAGAUUUGUCCAUGAGCUUUAAUUGUUUGAGACCUGUUGAGAAAAGAGCAGAACUUUAAGUAAAAUUCUCCCUGGCUCUCCAUCCCUAUCCUUGUUUAUAGAAGAGCUCAUACUAACUCUGAAAUGGAGACCAUCCUAAGCACUAUAACUUGGGAAUGGGGUCACUAUUACAGUCUUGUACAGCAGUGUACCAGGACCAAUCCUGCGGGCCGAAUAUACUAAGGUGAGGUUACUGUGUUGGGGUGUGCUUCAAGUGGACUUAUCCUGCGUUUUGCACAGAUUGCUGUACAAUACCUGUUAUUUCCAACUCCCACUGUGACUUUGGUGAUGGGCUGGGGAGGGACUAAGGAUGUUUAGAAUUCUGUGAAGUGCCUGCUAACUUUGUACUGAAUGUCUUAUAGAUUGGAAUAUAAUGUAUAAAAUGGAGAUGAUAUUGAUUGCUAUUCAUUCAUAAUAAAGGGAUACAAGUAGAA